UCGUAAUACAGUUACACCUCUGUCCAGUAUCUACUCUGUGUCGUCACGCUAACUUCCGUCAUUCGAAAUAUGGGAUCAAACUUCAAAUGUGAAAAAAACCUGUUUAUAUGCACAUGGAGGGAGUUAUAAACAGAUUUUCUACCUAGAGAUUUCAUAUAAAUGUGAUCAUGCAGCAGUGUGAUGGUCUUGGUUAUUUUAAGACCUUUAUUUGGUGUCGUAAAUAUUGUGGCAAUGAGUUGUAAAAUGUCGAGAUUUUAUAUAAGUGAACAGUUGUUCACACUUUGAAGUUGUUAUGGAAACGUUUACCGCAAGAAACAAAAAGUCAAAGCAAGAUAACAAAGAAAGCUACAGUAAAACUGACUCUAUGGUUGACUCUAAACUUAAACAACUCAAGAUAAGUCGUGAAAAGACGGAUUUAAACAAAACUGAUGAAGUACAGCCAGAUUCAAAAGUGAUUUCAAGUGUUGGCAAUCAAAGAUUGUUAAAAUUUGGAUCUGUCACGCUAUCAAGCUCUGCAAAGACACCAAAACCACCAGAAGUUCCAAGGUCUACCACAUUUUGUCGCAAGGGCACAGCCAGUAGACUGGGGGGUGAUGGAGAAGCUUGUGAAGAGGGGGUUGAAGAGAUUGAUUAUUGUUGUAUUGAAAGAUUGCCAGGUGAUGGUUGCUUUUCUGAAUGCACUGAAGAUGAUGAUGAUGGUAAUUUAUCUGAUGGUUAUUAUGAAGAUGAUCUCUUAGAAGAAGGAAUUGAUGAUAUUAAUGAUGAAUCUUGCUCAGAAGGUAUUCUUUCACUCUUUGAUAGCCAAAACGUCUCACACAUCAAAUCAAAUAUCAGUUAAUCGACCUUCCGCUCGCCCAGGCCCCUAUACUUUUCACAUGAAGCGUGAUUGGGUUAUUUUACUACCUGUGAAUCUGUGAUUUGUGAUUGUAAUGUUUCAAAUCUUUUUGUGUGUACAUGAAAGGAACUUUUGAUUUAAAUGUGACCCAUGAAUGAAGGAAUAGAAUUAUAUUAUUAUGUGAAUUGUGAUUCAUGAAAUUAGUUUGUUUUGCAUGAACAGUUUUUUUUAGGAUUCACGAAAGUUCUGUUGAUUCUGUUGUUACAGGAGAUCAUUAGUGCUUUACCUCUCUACACACAGAGUUUUCAAAUUAAGCCUAUUAAUCUCAUUCUACCUGGUUCAACUUAAAACUCUGUAGCGAGAGCAGGCCUUACAAUAUCUUUUACAGGGAUAUCUGACAAAAUGUCUGAUGACUGUGAGUUGUGUCCAACAUAUGUGUGAUGAUAUCCCAUGACCUUCAGUUCAGUUUGGCUUGGGAAUAAGUCUGAAUGACACACAUUAAUAUCAGCACAAUGUGUUAAUUCCAAAUGGUAAAUAUUGGGAAGAUGUUUGUGGUGUUACUCUAAUGCAUCCGCCCCGGGCAAGCUGAAAAGUUUGCCUGACCAUGGUGGGAAUUGAACCCUGCAAAUACCAUAUUCACCUGAGUACAUAACAACAACAAACACAAAAAGUAUUGGGAAGAUAUUAAAUAAUUUGUGUCAUUCAUAUUUAUUUCUAAGCCAAAAUUAACUUGCUUGACUAUAACUAGUAGUAUUAGACUUUGACAGUAAUGUUUAUUUCCCAAACCAGUUUGACAUAUUUUUACAAAUGACCAAUCACAGGCGAGAUUCAAGUUCUGAACCUAAUCAAGUGUGGAAGUGGGUUUUGCAACCAAUGUGACCAGAGCCUCUGGAACCAGGGUAUCUUUACAUCGGACAAUUUCACAAUUGUAAUGGUCAAAUUUCAAAAUUCAAAUGGAGACCUUCAGGGUGUUGACACAGAGGGGGCUUUAGCAGCGACUAUGAGUACGAGAUUUGAUCAUGUGCGAGGAAGUUGUAGUCAUUCUCGUCUCCAUUCAAUUGUUACUUUUAUAGCUGCAGUAAACAAACAACGAGAGAAAACGUUUCUUUAAAUAAAAUAUUCAAGAAUACAAAGGAAUUAAAAUAAAGCACAAAGCCAUAAUGUCCCACAGAACUAUAAAAAUUUUGAAGCUAGGAUUUUGCCAUGUUUGUUGACAUAUUCUGAUUUCCUUAGCCUGCGCACAGACUAUAUAAUCUGCGCACAGGCUAGAUUUCCUGCGCUCGCCCAAAAUAAAUAAUUAUGCUACUCAAAAUUCCUGUAUAAUUUACACUUCCGCUUUAAAAAACUGUGCCGGAUAAACUCUACAAUUAUUUUUGUAGAAAAGAAGAAAAAAACUUUGUUUUUCAAAAAGUCGUGAGGAUUAGGAGAAUAAUUUCUCCAAUUUUCGUACUCAGAUGGGUGACGGCUAUGUGAUUGUGUAUACAGUGUGCAUUUUGCAAUUUGACAAAUCUUUUUUUUUUCUGUGUUGGUGUUGUGUACUCAGGUGAAUAUGAUAUUUGUGGUUUUACUCUGAGUGUAUAUCCACACCGGGCGAGCUUGAAAAAUAUGCCCGGCCACGGUGGGAUUCGAACCUACGACCUUUGGAAUACUAGCCCAAUGCUCUUCCAACUGAGCUACACGGUCAGGACGGUUCGAGUAAGUGAUAUUUCGGAACAGAAUCUAGUUCCUUCGAUACCAAUGUAUUCUAGUAAAUAAAAUAUGACUUCUUUUUUUUCUGUGUUGGUGUUGUGUACUCACUGGUGAAUAUGAUAUUUGUGAUGUUACUCUGAGUGUAUAUCCACACCGGGCGAGCUUGAAAAAUAUGCCCGGCCACGGUGGGAUUCGAACCUACGACCUUUGGAAUACUAGCCCAUUAUGCUCUUCCAACUGAGCUACGCGGUCAGGACGGUUCGAGUAAGUGAUAUUUCGGAACAGAAUCUAGUUCCUUCGAUACCAAUGUAUUAUUACUAGUAAUAUGAUUUUUUUUUUUUUCUGUGUUGGUGUUGUGUACUCAGGUGAAUAUGAUAUUUGUGAUGUUACUCUGAGUGUAUAUCCACACCGGUGUAUAUCCACAAAGCUUUCAAUCUCUAAUCAAAAGUGACGCCAGGCUCAUUUUGCCAAGAUCUUAUCUACUGUGGUAGUAUAGAAAUGGGUGUUCAUAUUAUCUUGCCAAAAUCUUGGUACAUUGUACAUUGACAAUUAUGACAAAGCUUUAAUUAUUGUACCUUCAGUUGCUAAUAAUGGUAUUUCAUGUUAAUUUGUGCCAUGAUUUGCCAACUAAAGAUGUAACUAAGGUCUUAGAUCUCAGCGUUAUCUUAAUGAUUUUGACAUGGUCCUAUUGCAAUCAUGUCAAAAUCUUGCCAUAGCUUUAUCUUGGUAAGAUCUUACUAAUAGUUCGAUCUUACCUUGCCUGCAUGUGGUCACCACUUUCUGAGAAGGACCUACAUUAAUUUCAUAGACUUGCCAUUUAUCCUUGGCUGUUCAGAAUUUGAAAUCAUAAUUUUAAUUACAAAGACAUUCAGACAUUUAACUCUCAAACUAUAAUUUAUAAUUUUUAUUAAAUUUAACAGUUUCUUAUUGGCAUGAACACGAAGAUCUCGUUUCUUGACUUUUUUAAACUGACCUAAACGGUUUCUAUCAUAUUGUUAAUUAUAUGCAAUUCAUAACGCCUAAAGUCACAGGUAAAUCACGAGAAACAGCUCGGAUUACAUAAUGUACUGAUCGAAGUGCAAAACAUCCCUGUUUCCUGUGAAAGUCAAUCAGUGCAUUAAAAUCUGCUCUGUAUAUCCAUUUCAAUACUAUCUUUGAUCCUGAAAUUACUUCAACUUGGAAAUCUAUUUGUUUCAAAUUCUCAACCACACGAAAUCUGGCUUCUUUGUCAUUUCGUAAUGCAAGUGACUCUAAGUAUUACUCUGUUCUAAACUUUCGAUCUGUAGUCUAUGAUGAAAACAUUUUUGCCAAGUUUGCACGAAAUGCUUGCCCUGAUUUUAUCCUGUGAUCUUCCGUGAACUGUCUAACGCCCAUAUUCUAAAAGCUCACUCACACUCAAUGAGUGGAGGUUCAAUCUAAGCUUCUCUUGAGUGUCAAUGCUGUUUUUGAAUAGCUGGAGGGUGAGUAGUCACAUAGUAACGUAUGGCACUAGCCCUCCAGCUAUUCAAAAGCAGCAUUGACGCUAAAGAGAAGCUCAGAUUGAACCUCCACUCAUUGAGUGUGAGUGUGAGUGAGCUUUUAGAAUACGGGCGUAAGAGCUAAUUAGUUGGAAUUACGAGAGUGAACAGUUACUCAGUGAGUAUUUUCAUAAAAUACGCAACAACAAUAAUUUAAAAUUAACAUUCGUUGAAAUUAGUUUUUGUUGCACUAGUAGUAGCAGUAAUGCAGUAAUUUUGUUGCUGGUGAGCAUUAACCAUCAUCGCAAUCAAAGUGGUGAAAAAUCGCUCUGAAAAAACCAAGACCACUCAUCUGACAGACCGUGAAUGAUGGCUGAAUAAAUGUGUCACAAAGCUGUUACAUUAAUUUUUGAAACCAUGAAAGCUUUGGUAGGCCAUAAAUUAGGCAAACUUGUAUAAAAUUUGGGGCAAAGAAAAUUAAGAAUCCAUUUGCUGCAACAAAAGGGUGGCAAUAUGACGCCAACCCCCCCCCCCCCUAUUUUGCAAAGUGUCCACCACUGUCGACUGGACCACUACUACUCACUAGUGCUAUCCUUUGGUAAGAAGAUAUCCUCCUUUGGAAAUCCUCCCCCCGGAGCCCGCCAAAAUCCUGCCCGCUGCAAAUCAGACCCCCAUAAAUUUGAGGGCCUGCCACGCAGGCUAGUAAGAAGAAUGUUUAACAUGGUUCUACACCUAACACUGACACGUAUUUUAUUUAGAGUUAUCUCAGCACAGCAGUUCUAGUGAAUCACGGCCAUCGACAGCAGCUUCUAGAAUCAGUUCAGCACCAAGUGCAAAUCUACAUCGUGAGAAACUUGUGAAAUCAUUGAAUGCCAGGCGACAAUCAAGUGCUGGAAGUGUUCGAACUAGAAGAGGGUCGUUAAAAUCGGCAGAUGUUGGAUCAUCUAAAGGUCGUUGGAUCGCAUGUGGAACAGAAGAAAUCAGGUCUUCAUUGACGCCAAGCCUGUUCCCCAAUCUACCAUCGACUAUACACUUCACUAUUGAUGGUGAACGAGGUACAAAAUCUUUUGAAUGUAGGCUUAUUUUGAACUUAUUUUAAAGUACAAUUUUAUCCGGAAGAAGUUCUUUUUUCUGUGCAUGAAAAAUAUGCUAGAAAUGAAGUAAUGAACUGAAACUAAAAAGGCAUGCAUGCAGAAUUUUUGUGGCGGAGUCAUGAUAGUGGCACAGUUCCCUGUUUUCCAACAUUGCAGUCAUAUCAGUAUUAAGACUAUACACGGCAAUCCAAAUAAGAAUUGCAUGAUAAGGUACCACGCGAUAGAUUGUACUAAAAAAAAGGGUAAAACGCGGAAAAGAGGGUAAAACGCGGAAA